AUGGCUAGCAUCGUCAACCGGCCCCGUUCAUUCUUCCGCAAACCAGACCCUCCCAAGCCGCUGCACGCUCGCUGGGGAGAUGUGGCCAUCUCCGUGCCUACAGAAGGCUCAUGGAACCAAUAUAAUAACCCGCACCGGUCGAGUCGGGGCAGAAAGCCAUAUGGACAUGGCUAUGGACUCGACAACUCUCCAUACGAGCGAGUCACCGAUGCUUGUAUCGACGACGAUGACGAGGUGGAUCUAAUUGAGCACCCCAAGAACACUUCCACUGAACCUACAUCUAUCUCGCGACGGGCAUCUCUAUCACUGGGAGCCCUACGGCCAGCACGGCUCUCCGUGCGCCUGGCCUCCCGGCCAAAGCAUACAAAGGAGAAAUUCCAGCAACUCGAAAGAGACCCUGAAGUCCACAGAGACACUACCCCCCAGCAAGAAAAGAAAGAGACUGCCUUCGCCUACAAGCCCAUCCCCCACCGCGACUACACAGCAGAGGUAUCCGAGAAAGCCAACAAUCUGCACGCGCCCCGCUUCCGGUACAUCCCCACAGAUGGCCAGUAUCCCGAGCAGCCGGGUGCCAGUGUCCUCCGGAGCCAGUCGGUGAGCUGCUCGCGGCGCGGCUCUUGCGUGAACCGAGACUCAUUCUUAGCACCUUCCUUUUCCUCUUCUUCCAAGGAAGCGGUGCCAGAAGAUGGCCGGGACCGGUCGAGAACGCAUCGCUCUUCUCUACGGCUGGACUGCCUUGAUGAAGGAAAUGACCGCCGCCGCAGCUUCCGCAACAGCCUGAGUGGUAGCUCGCAGCAUGGAUAUGGCUUGCCGCCCAGACGGCGCACGUCGCCUUUUGUCGCGGCGGAUCGGAAGAGGACUUCCAUAGUGAAGCCGAUGACUUUGGAUAUGGUUCCAAAUGCCGAGGAACUCUAUGAAUGA